AUGGAUGACAAAAAGACUCCUGAAGAACUUCCUGGGGAUACUGGAAGCGCUUUUGAACAGCUGUCUGAUGGUGAGAACUUUCUUCUCAUCACUCUGCCGCAAGUACAGGUUGCUAAUUUUGUAGUCGAAGAUAUCCCUUCCGUCUUUCUGGCCAGGCUGAAAGCAAUGCUUAGGCCAGACAACCGUAAACCCAUGGGCCUGCUUCAGCACCUGCAGCAGGACCCCGUCUCGGAACUUAUGUCCCAACGCCAGACACCAAGAGAGUGGCUCGAGAAGCUCACUGGAGUCGACUUUACAGACCCUGCCUCUAUCCUUGACCUUGGACUCGAGUUGGCCGGAUACAAAAUAGUUGGGGAAUUCGCUCUAUGCACUGAUGGUAAAGAUACCUUUACUGUUUCGCCAAAUCCUGGAGCUAUGAGUGUGGACUAUACGCCAGUCCUGGAGGACUCUGAUGCCCACCCAGGUCUACUCUCUCUCGAAUUCGUCAACGGCUCCGAUAAGCAAGACAAGACUGCCAAGUCAUCAGGAGUCAACCAACCCCUUCCUUCUCUGGUAAUGCCUAUCGGCCAGAUAUCUAAACGAUAUACAACAGAAAGUGGCCUUCCACUCUCGGAUGAGACUAACUACGUCCUUGUUGUCGAUGCAGUCGCAUCUGCGCAUCCUGUCUGGUUGAUUUUUGAUCGAAUGCUUAUGUCCGAAUCCGACCAGGAUGACGAGUACUACAGGGACAACAAAGGUGGUGAGGAGAAGGAGGGCAUCCAUCCCGACACAGUUGAUUUGUUGUUCAAUGGGUCAGAGAAGAACUUUGAUGCUGCCCAAGUGUUGCCCAGCAUUCAAGAUUGGUUCCAGCUCUACGAUAAACUCAGUUUCACUCAGAUUCGGGACUCAUUUCGAAAGACAGGGUUGACAGGAAAGGUCAAGGCGAGGGUCGUGACAGCGGAGGAUGCCAGCGUGCUCUGGAACAAAGAUCCCUCUGUUGAUAAGAGCAAAUAG